UGUUGCCACUUGCAGCACCAGCGUACUAGUGUAAAUUGUGUUAACUAAGGGAGCAUGACUAGCUAGCUGGUAACUAGUUGUGUUGAAAAUUAUGGGAUGGAUUGCCAUGGCAACAGACCAGACGUCACUUUCUGGGCAUGUGUGUUCCAUUUUUGUCUCUUUUUUAUUUUCAGACUGGAGGAUUUGGAUAGGGGAGAGCGAGAAGAGAAAGGGGCUCUUUUUGCUUCUUGAAUAAAGAGGGCAGCCAUUUUUCUUGAGAAAAGAAAAGAAAACUCACAGUUCGAGAAAAUAUAAAGCUAAUUCUAUGCAGACGUUUAAAGAGAGAGUGGCAUUCUGAGGGUUAAGUUUCUAUACUAUUCUAGCAACAGAGGGAGUGCGAUUUCGUGAAGGAUACCGUAUGCGGUAAAGAUGCCAGGUUCGCUAAGCAAUGAGGACGAGGCACAAGACGACAUGGAUUUUGAAGACGAAAUACCAGAUGAGGAAGAGGAGGAUGAGGCCGAAGCAGCCCCCCUCCCACCGCUGGACAGGUUCUUCCCUGAGGAAGACUCCCUCAAGCAGCAGAAGAAGAAGAAAGCCUGCAAGCUGAAGGAGGGCAAGCUGCCCAAAGUGAAGAAGAGGAAGAAGCAGCUUGCGUCUCCUUUGCAGGUGGGUUCGAGCGAUCUGGAGGAAGCCUCUGAGAGGGAGGAGGAGCAGCGGGAGAAGUCGGAAAGCGAGAGCAGCAACUACACCUCCAUGAAGAAGAAGAAGAAGAAACCCAAGGAGAAGAAAGAGAAGAAAACCAAACGGAGGAAGAAGGAUGAGGAAGAAGAUGACGAUGAUGACGGGGCCUUGAAGGAGCCCAAGACAUCUGGCCAGCUGAUGCAGGAGUGGGGUCUGGAGGAUGUCGACUACUCCUUCUCCGAAGAGGACUAUCACACCCUGACCAACUACAAGGCCUUCAGCCAGUUCCUCAGGCCCCUCAUUGCCAAGAAGAACCCCAAGAUCCCCAUGUCAAAGAUGAUGACAGUCCUCGGUGCCAAGUGGCGAGAGUUCAGUGCCAACAACCCUUUCAAGGGCACCUCGGCUACCGCCGUCGCCGCAGCUGUGGCCGCUGCCGUGGAAACGGUCACCGUGUCCUCGCCCAUCUCUGUCAGCAGCACACAGCAGUCCUCUCACCUCGGGCCAAUCAGAAAAGCCAAAACCAAAGAAGGGAAGGGACCAGGGGCAAGGAGGAAAACUAAGAGCGUGAAGGAGACCAAGAAAAAGGGAAAAGGCAAGAAGACCAAACCCAAGAUGGCACAGAGCGGGAAACGGAAAAAAGCAUCUUCGAGCGAGGAGGAUAAUCUGGAGGAGUCCGACUGGGACGAUGUCAGCAUCCACAGCGCCUCUGUGCGCUCCGACGCCUCGGGGGCCCCCAAAAAGACCAGCCGCCGCGGCCGCAAGAAGAAGAAAAGAGAGGACGGGGACGGCUACGAGACGGACCAUCAGGACUACUGCGAGGUGUGCCAGCAGGGCGGCGAGAUCAUCCUGUGUGACACCUGCCCCCGGGCCUACCACCUGGUGUGCCUGGAGCCCGAGCUGGAGAAGGCCCCCGAGGGCAAGUGGAGCUGCCCCCACUGCGAGAAGGAGGGGAUUCAGUGGGAGGCCAAAGAUGAUGAUGAGGAGGAGGAGGUUGGAGUCCAGGAGGAAGACGAUCACAUGGAGUUCUGCAGAGUGUGCAAAGAUGGAGGAGAGCUGCUCUGCUGUGACACCUGCCCUUCCUCCUACCACAUCCACUGCCUGAACCCGCCCCUGCCUGAGAUACCCAAUGGAGAGUGGCUGUGCCCGCGAUGCACGUGUCCACCUCUGAAAGGGAAAGUGCAGCGGAUCCUUCACUGGAUAUGGGGCGACCCUCCGCUACCCCCUGAGGCACCUCCCAGUGCUGAUGGGGAUCCAGCGGCACUGCCCCUCAAGCCCCCCCUGAAGGGGCACCCUGAGAGGGAGCUGUUUGUGAAGUGGGCUGGCCUCUCCUACUGGCACUGCUCAUGGGUCACUGAGCUGCAGCUGGAGCUGUACCACUCGGUGAUGUACCGCAACUAUCAGCGCAAGAACGACAUGGAUGAGCCGCCGCCUUACGACUACGGCUCCGGAGAUGAGGAGCUCAAGAGCGAGAAGAGGAAGAGCAAAGACCCUCAGUACGCCGUGAUGGAGGAGCGCUUUUACCGCUACGGCAUCAAGCCUGAGUGGAUGGUCAUCCACAGGAUCCUCAACCACAGUUUUGACAAGAAAGGUGAUGUGCAUUACCUUAUUAAGUGGAGAGACCUGCCUUACGACCAGUGCACCUGGGAGGUGGAUGACUUUGACAUCCCGGACUAUGACAACUUCAAGCAGGCCUACUGGGACCACAGGGAGCAAGUGCUGGGGGAGGACAUCCGCCCCCUGGUGGUGAGGAAGGGGAAGCGAUCGAAGGAGGGAGAGAAGCGAGAGAAGCCGCCUGACACGCCCAUCGUGGAUCCGACCAUCAAGUUUGACAAGCAGCCCUGGUACAUCGAUGCCACGGGGGGCACGCUACACCCCUACCAGCUGGAGGGGCUGAACUGGCUGCGCUUCUCCUGGGCACAGGGCACCGACACCAUCCUGGCAGACGAGAUGGGCCUGGGCAAGACCGUCCAGACCAUCGUCUUCCUCUACUCCCUCUACAAGGAGGGCCACUCCAAGGGACCUUUUCUGGUGAGCGCCCCCCUGUCCACCAUCAUCAACUGGGAGAGGGAAUUCGAGAUGUGGGCACCCGAGUUCUACGUGGUGACCUACACUGGGGACAAGGACAGCCGUGCUGUGAUCCGAGAGAAUGAGCUGACCUUUGAGGACAGCAACAUGAAGACUGGUCGCAAGGUGUUCCGCAUGAAGAAGGACACGCCUAUCAAGUUCCAUGUGCUGCUGACCUCAUACGAGCUGAUCACCAUUGACCAGGCCAUCUUAGGCUCUAUUGACUGGGCGUGUCUGGUGGUGGAUGAGGCCCACAGACUGAAGAACAAUCAAUCAAAGUUUUUCAGGAUCCUCAAUGGCUAUAAGAUCUACUACAAACUGCUCCUGACGGGAACGCCUCUGCAGAACAACUUAGAGGAGCUGUUUCACCUUCUCAACUUCCUCACCCCAGAGCGCUUCAAUAAUCUGGAGGGCUUCCUGGAGGAGUUUGCAGACAUCUCCAAGGAGGACCAGAUUAAAAAGCUCCACGACCUGCUGGGGCCGCACAUGCUCAGAAGGCUGAAGGCCGACGUCUUCAAGAACAUGCCGGCCAAGACGGAGCUGAUCGUCCGAGUGGAGCUCAGCCCCAUGCAGAAGAAGUACUACAAGUUCAUCCUGACGCGGAAUUUCGAGGCCCUGAACUCGAAGGGUGGGGGGAACCAGGUGUCCCUGCUCAACAUCAUGAUGGACCUGAAGAAGUGCUGUAACCACCCAUACCUGUUCCCCGUGGCGGCUGUGGAGGCACCUAUGUUGCCCAAUGGCUCCUAUGAUGGGAACCUCUUGGUAAAAUCCUCAGGCAAACUGACUCUUCUGCAGAAGAUGUUGAAAAAACUGAAGGACGAAGGACACAGAGUUCUUAUCUUCUCUCAGAUGACUAAAAUGCUGGACCUGCUGGAGGACUUCCUGGAGUACGAGGGCUACAAAUAUGAGCGCAUUGACGGGGGCAUCACAGGGGGUCUGCGGCAGGAAGCCAUCGACCGCUUCAAUGCCCCGGGAGCUCAGCAGUUCUGCUUCCUGCUGUCCACUCGCGCUGGGGGACUGGGCAUUAACCUGGCCACGGCCGACACCGUCAUAAUCUACGACUCCGACUGGAACCCACACAAUGACAUCCAGGCCUUUAGCCGGGCCCAUCGGAUUGGCCAGAACAAGAAGGUGAUGAUCUACCGCUUUGUGACACGGGCCUCGGUGGAGGAGCGUAUCACGCAGGUGGCCAAGCGCAAGAUGAUGCUGACCCACCUGGUGGUGCGGCCCGGGCUGGGCUCCAAGACGGGCUCCAUGUCCAAACAGGAGCUGGACGACAUCCUCAAGUUCGGCACUGAGGAGCUCUUCAAGGAUGACGUAGAGGGCGCCCGUGCUAACGGUGACACGAAGGACGGAGAGGACAGCAGCGUGAUCCACUACGAUGACAAUGCCAUCGCCAAGCUGCUGGACCGCAGUCAGGACGCCACGGAUGACACGGAGAUCCAGAACAUGAACGAGUACCUGAGCUCCUUCAAGGUGGCCCAGUACGUGGUGCGCGAGGAGGACGGAGAGGAGGAGGUGCAGCGGGAGAUCAUUAAGCAGGAGGAGAACGUGGACCCGGAUUACUGGGAGAAGCUGCUCAGGCAUCACUACGAGCAGCAGCAGGAGGACCUGGCCCGUAACCUGGGCAAGGGCAAGCGCAUCCGCAAGCAGGUCAACUACAACGACACCUCUCAGGAGGACCAAGAAUGGCAGGAUGACCUUUCAGACAAUCAGUCCGAGUACUCCGUGGGGUCCGAGGAUGAGGACGAAGACUUCGAAGAGAGGCCAGAAGGGGGACGCCGGCAGUCCCGCAGACAGCUGCGAAGCGACCGCGACAAACCCCUCCCACCCCUGCUGGCACGUGUGGGCGGCAACAUCGAGGUGCUGGGGUUCAACGCCCGCCAGCGGAAGGCCUUCCUCAACGCUAUCAUGCGCUGGGGCAUGCCCCCUCAGGAUGCUUUCAACUCCCACUGGCUGGUGAGAGACCUGCGGGGCAAGAGCGAAAAGGAGUUCAGGGCCUACGUGUCCCUCUUCAUGCGACACCUGUGUGAGCCUGGAGCGGACGGAGCCGAGACUUUCGCCGACGGAGUCCCAAGAGAGGGACUGUCCCGCCAGCAUGUCCUCACCAGGAUCGGAGUCAUGUCGCUCGUCCGAAAGAAGGUGCAGGAGUUUGAGCUUGUUAAUGGGAAGUACAGCAACCCAGGCGUGGUCCCUGAGGGGGUGGACUUGAAAAAGCUGGAGAGUUUGUCCUCUGACCCCAACACCCCUGUACCGGCUAGCCCUGCGGUCACUCAACCUGGGACCCCAGUUCCCCCAGACAAGAUUGAUUCAGUCUCUGGGCCCUCAGAGGAGAAAGAACCAGCAGACCAAGAGAGCAAGAAGCCCUCUGAGCCGGAGGUCCCCACCAGCAUGGAGUCGUCCCCUGUGGCUGAAAAGCCCCCAGAGAGUGAGGAGCCGAAGGAUGGUGGCCCUGAGGAGAGGCCAGCCGAAGAGUGCGAGAGGACAGAGACGCCCAGCGAGCCAACAGCACCCAAAGGGGAACCCAGUGGAGAGUCAGAGAAAGCCCCAGAGAAGGAGGAGAGAACUCCCACCCCUGUGAAAACAGACGACAAGGAGCCCAAUCCAGUUGCCGCCGAGGAGACAAAGAGCGAGGAUACGGCAGACAGCCAGCUGAACGGAGAUAAAGAGGGACGAGACGAGGUGGAGGAUGGCAGGAAGGACGACAAGAACAGCAGCAAGAUGAAGUUCAUGUUCAACAUCGCAGACGGGGGCUUCACGGAGCUGCACACUCUGUGGCAGAACGAGGAGCGAGCUGCCGUGUCCUCGGGGAAGAUGUACGACAUCUGGCACCGUCGCCACGACUACUGGCUCCUGGCUGGCAUCGUUACCCAUGGCUAUGCCCGCUGGCAGGACAUCCAGAAUGACCCUCGUUACACCAUCCUCAACGAGCCCUUCAAGAGUGAGAUGCACAAGGGAAACUACCUGGAGAUGAAGAACAAGUUCUUGGCACGCCGCUUCAAGUUGUUAGAGCAGGCCCUGGUGAUAGAGGAGCAGUUGAGAAGGGCAGCUUAUCUGAACAUGAGUCAGGACCCGAGCCAUCCAGCCAUGGCCCUCAACGCCCGCUUUGCCGAGGUGGAGUGCCUGGCCGAGUCCCACCAGCACCUCUCCAAAGAGUCUCUGGCUGGGAACAAGCCUGCCAACGCAGUGCUGCAUAAAGUGCUGAACCAGCUGGAGGAGCUGUUGAGCGACAUGAAGGCGGACGUGACGCGGCUGCCCUCCAUGCUGUCGCGGAUCCCGCCCGUGGCGGCGCGCCUGCAGAUGUCCGAGCGGAGCAUCCUGAGCCGGCUCACCAACCGCGGCAACGAGCCGCCACCCCCGCCCCAGCAGCCUUUCCCCCAGGGGUCAUUUGGCUGUUCUCAGAUGUACAGCAGCAGUUUUGGGAGCAGCUUCCGAGGGCCAGGAGGUGGAGGAAUUGUCAACUACAACCAGAUGCCCCUGGGACCCUACAUCAGCGUCUCCACAAACGGACCCCCUCCCCCAUCCAGCCACCUGGACAUGAAGUCCAGCGACCCCCUGAAGGACAUCACUGUCUCUGACAUGAAGACUGGAAAGGCCAGCGAUGUCAUCUGCAUUGAGGAUUAGAUCCUGCCCCAGCACCAACAAGCAUUUAACUCUCUCAAAGUUAUGAAUAUAAUAUAUAUCCUAUCGACUGCACUUUUUCUUCCCUCUCAAGGACUCUGAGGGCCUUCUUUGCAUAUGCUUCAUACAGUACAGUGUCCAUGGGUCUUUGCUUUCAACUUACUGUAUAGAGUAAAGCGGGCCAGUGGGAGGUCACAGGCGUGGCGGACCUUUCUGUGGAGAGAGACAAAGCUGUGACAGCGGGCCGUUUUCUCUCCUCCACCUCAAUACGCUCAAAACAGAUGCUGAUGGUCACGUUCACGUGGUGGAGUGGACGUCUCUUUUGAGGACAGUUUGCUUUUUUUCCCAGCUCAUCGGCUGCAAGCUCAGUGUUAGUCCAGGGCACAGGUGUUCAGCCUCUCCAGUUGUGUGUGUUGACAGGGACACGCUAAGUUCGGUGAGGCUUCCUAUCCUCUCCCCUGCUCUGUGAACCCUGGAUCUCUGCGUAUCUGAGCCCAGGCUGUCGUCUGCGCAACGGCGCCCCCUGCUGGAUCAGCACUCACACCACCAGUACACACAAAGGAGGAGUGCAGCAGACUGGAUUGGGCAUAGUACCUGACAUGGACAGUGAAUCAUUUAAAUGCAGGGGCCUCAAAUUCAACAAAAUCCACAGUGAAAGCCAAGCAACAUGGGAUCCCAGCCUGCUGGCUAUCAGCAAAGUAAGUAUAUACCAUAUAUAUAUUUUUUACAGUGCAAUUUUGUGUCAAAUUAGCAUAAAAGAAUGAGGGCAUUGAAUGAGGUGGUUGACUCAGUGGUUUCAUCAUGCCUCAGUCUCUGGGUGUCAUAUUACAUUCCAUGUGUCUUGUGUCGCUUUGAUGGUGAGUCAGCCUUACCAUAUGGACAUUUCCAAUACUGUAUUAUUUAGAUACUACGCUGAUAGGAGUUCUUAAAUGUAUAUUGCAAAGAGACUGCACUUUAUUUUGCAUUGUUUACCUAAUGAAACUAAAUGAAUGACUAAAUGAAUAAACAAAAUCUUUUGGAAUGGGUUAAAAAAGCAAGGGAUCUUGUUAAAAAAAAAGAAAAAAAAUUUAAAAAGUCCUUGUGAAAGCCAACGCGGUGUUGCGGUUGAGAAAGUGUUUGUGGUCGAUA